AUGAAGCACACACAGGUGGCUGUGCUGCUCCUCAUGCAAAGCAUGAUUGCUCUGGCUACAACAAUGGCAACAACAGAAGUGACUUCUCAUCUCAGUACGACACCUCUGUAUCUGGCUCAGCCUAGCAAGACGACUGGUGACCUGCAAACUCCCCCAAAGCUCUUUGCCAAUGUCUCCGGCUCGGUGGAUGACGAGGGAACUUGUCAGUGCUCUGUGUACUUGCCGGAUACUACCUUUCCAGUGCAGAAGGCUGAGCAAUUGGAAAUUACAGCCACAAUGCUCUUGGAGAAAUUUGAGAGAGAGCUUUCUCAAGUUAGAGAGUACUCAAAAAUGAUUGAACUGUAUCAGCAGCGUAUCCUUAAUCUAACCAUCAGAGUGGAGCAUAUGGAGAAGAGCAGUAUAUCUUACACAGAGCUGGACUUUCAGUUACUGAAAGUGGAAAUCAGUGACCUAGAGAGACUGGUCACUCAGCUGAAAUCCAGCCUUGUUGGAAGCAAUGUCAUCGUUGAGCAAAUAUAUUUGGAGAUCACUAAUCUGACUAUACUGGUAAAUGAACUAGAAUCACUGGACAAAAACAAUAUCCUUGAAAUUCGUCGACAAAUUGUAUCUCUGCAGAAUCGACUGAAAGAGUGCGAAGAGAGCACAAACAAAACUACAGUACCCCCUUAUUUCCCACCAGGUAGCUGCAUUCACCGUGGACUGCUGAAUGUUAGUCAGCCCUAUAUUGUAAAGCUGAACUGGAAAGGAUUUUCCUACAAAUAUGGUUCCUGGGGUAGAGAUUACUCUCCCUCUAACCCAGAGAAGGAAGUCUAUUGGGUUGCACCACUGAACACAAAUGGGAGACAGUUGGAAUACUACAGAAUUUAUAGAUCCUUUGAUGAUUUGCUGCUGUUUAAACCCAUGUAUGAAAGUAGAAUAACAUAUGGGGAAGGAAGUGGUGUUGCCCUUUAUAAUAAUUAUUUGUACUAUCAUUCUUAUAAUUCAAGAUAUAUGGUGAAGCAUGAUUUAAAAACAAACACCAUGGUUUUGAGGAAGGAACUUCCAGAUGCUGCUACCGGUAACCGUUUCUCUUAUGCAGGUGUAUCAUGGCAAGACAUAGAUUUUGCUGUGGAUGAAAGUGGGUUGUGGGUAAUAUAUUCAACAGAAAAUAGCAUGGGCAACAUUGUGAUUAGCAAACUCAAUGAGACCACACUUGAUGUGCUAAAUACUUGGCAGACAAGACAGUACAAGCCAUCUGUUUCCAAUGCUUUCAUGUUAUGUGGUAUUCUGUACAUCACAAGGCCAAUGAACACUAGGAAAGAGGAAAUCUUCUACAUGUAUGACACAAGUACUGGCCGAGAAGGCAGUAUUAGUGUUGUUAUGGAUAAAAAGUUAGAUACAAUCCAGAGUAUUGAUUAUAACCCCACAGAUCAGAGACUGUAUGUUUACAAUGAUGGUUACCUUCUAAGAUAUGAUGUGACCUUUCAGCCUUAG